UCCUGGAUGCGACGGGGCUCCGCGGGCUGACACCCGCUCCUACACCCCAGCUCCCUCAGAGCCCGCGGAGCCCGGGCGGACCCAGGACCUGGCGUCCUAGCCGCCCCCCUCCUCCCCGCGCCGAACUCCCAACUCCGCGGGGUAACCCCCAACUGUCCCGGGCUAACUAUACAAGUCAGAGUGGCGGCAGAACCGCGGGGAUUCGAGGAGCCCCACCAGCGCGCGCUCACCUAAGUACCUACGGGAGGCUGAGGGGAAAGAAAAAGAGAGAGGUUUUCACCAGGGCUACGUCCGGGGCACCGGCCGCCAUCACCCGGAAGAGAACUGCGGAAGGCGCCAGAGAAAGCCGGAAGUGGCUUCACUCGGGACCCGGGGGAAGUCAUUUACCCCACGCCUAUCCCUUGGGCGAGUUGCCGGUUUCUGAGGUGGGAAGAGCCAUCACCGGAAAGGUGACGGUGAUAUCUGUGCCCGGUACCCUGGCCAGAAGUCUCUUGUGUCCUCAUCUCAGGUUUACUCCCCGCUUGGACUACCAUGAAACUGCACCAAAAGUCCGUGCUCAGUUUCUUCCGUGGAUGCAGAACACAGGCUCCAGACCGGGAGGGCAUCUUGCUGAAGAAGGGAACCCGAAAUACCAGCUAUCAACGCCGCUGGUUCAUCCUCCGGGGAAACCUCCUCUUCUACCUGGAGAACCAGGCGGACCACACCCCCCUGGGCCUCAUUCUCUUGGAAAACUGCCAGGUGGAGCCGCGCCUUGGGGCCACAGAACCCUAUGCCUUCACCAUCCUGACCCCCAGGGCUGAGGGCACAGGUGGGCGGGCCUACAAGCUGGCGGCAGAAAACCAGGAAGAGCUGGGAGCCUGGCUGUGGGCGCUGGCUGGGGCGAGCUGGAGGCGGCUGGUGGUGCUACUGCCCCCCCUGGAGGCCCGGUACCGGGAGCUGUGCCAGGCAGCUGGCCAGGAGCCCAGCUCACCCCCAGAGGACUGCAGCUUCCUAGCCACCCUCAGUAUCCCCUCCAGCUUCCAGGAGUUGCACGAGCACUUUGGGAAGGAGAUCCGGGUGUUGCAGGUGGUACGCAGAAGGCCCCAGGCCAGUGCCAACGGAAGCAGCAGAUCCCAGACACAGGAGCAGCAGGAGCUCAACAGCUGUUGAUGAGUGACUGAAAGAUGGACCAAAGGCCAAGAGGUACCUACCUGCCAAGACCAGCCAACUGCCUCAGGAGACACCCAGAUCCCGGCCUGCUCCACUGUUUCCCACCCCCUGCCCAGUCCUUAUUCUAACCCCCAUCAUCAAAUAACAAAGCAGGAGACAGGCCCAGGUACAA